AUGGCCAAAUUCUCCUUCCUUUUCGCGCUCCUCGCCGUCAAUGUCGUUUCCGGUGCUGUAGUUCGCCGUCAGGCAGCAGGAACUCAAUUUAUAACUGGACCUUGCAAGAGCGACGCAGACUGUGCUUCCGGAUGCUGUGGUUUUAAGAGUGGGAAAUGUGCUGGAGCUGUAGUCGCCCUCGAGCGCGAUGGUGGAUGUGGCUUCGGUAACCCAACCCCGAACGAUGACGCUGCUCGCAAACUCCGAGGACAACCUCCAAGAGCUCCAGGCGACGUCUUCACACCUCCCGGCGGUGCUGCUCCCCCCACAGGUGGUGCUAAUAACGGUACUACCGACACGGGUACCAACAAUGGUGGUGCUGGUGGCGCUGCGGGUAGUGGCAAAGCCCCCGGUACUCAGUUCAUCACCGGAGCUUGUGCCAACGACGGUGAAUGUGCCUCUGGGUGCUGUGGUUUCAGGUCUGGAAAAUGUGCAGGUGCCAUUGUUGCUCAAGAACGUGACGGUGGAUGUGGGUUCGGAAACACCACCCCCAACGACGAUGCUGCCAAAAAACUCCGUGGCCAAGCCCCAGCUACCCCAGCUACACCCUCUUCUCCUCCCGCUAACAAUGGUGCUGCAACUGGUGCUGCUGCGGGUAGUGGCAAGCCCGCUGGUACCCAAUUCAUCACUGGUUCUUGUGCCAACGACGGUGAAUGUGCUUCUGGAUGCUGUGGUUUCAAGUCCGGAAAGUGUGCAGGUGCCAUUGUUGCUCAAGAACGUGACGGUGGAUGUGGGUUUGGAAACACCACCCCCAACGACGAUGCUGCCAGAAAACUCCGUGGCCAAGCCCCAGCUACCCCGGCUACACCCCCCCCUCCCCCCGCUAACAAUGGUGCUACUACUGGUGCUGCUACCGGUGCUGCUGCAGGUAGUGGCAAGCCCGCUGGUACCCAAUUCAUCACCGGUUCUUGUGCCAACGACGGUGAAUGUGCUUCUGGAUGCUGUGGAUUCAAAAGUGGCAAAUGCGCAGGUGCCAUCAUUGCUCAGGAGCGCGAUGGUGGAUGCGGUUUUGGCAAUUCUACUCCCAACGACGAUGCCGCUCGCAAGCUCCGUGGCCAGGCGUGAUUGUGAUCACUCACUUAUGAUUAUCAUUAUUCAUUCGCCUUCGACAACAUAUUUCAAGUAGUUUCCUCUUAGUCGUAACUUAUUUAACCGCUGUGCGAAGAAGCUCUGUAUCAAUA